AUAAACCUCGGCUGGAGUGGGAUUUCUUCAGGUCUCUCUUUUUCUCUCCCACCACUGCCUCUGCCUCUUGCAAAUCAUUAGAAUCCUAACCUCACUUCUCUUUACUGAGCAAACUCAAUUUCUUUAUUAUGGCCAUUGACCUACACAACAAAGAUUCAUUAUUGCUUCCACCUCCUCAGUCUCUGUUUUUCACUGAUCAGAGCAGCAAUACUCUCUCAGGGAACAACAGCAAAUACCUCAGCCAAGCCUGGUCUUCUUGCUUUAGUUCCUCUGAUUUUGGUUUUUCUUUGAGUUCACCUGUUGAGUCAGAACUUGGUUCCACUGAAUCAGAGUGUGACCAAGACGACGAUUACUUCUCUGAGUUGACUCGCCAAAUGUCUCACUACAUGCUCCAAGAUGAUGAGAACAGACACGCAAAUGAGGCAUGGAGUUUCGCUGGUUCGCCUCAAUCAACGAAAUGGUCUACGUUGGGGGCGAGCCAAGAAGAGGUACUCACGACAGGGAAGUUUGGGAACUUGAAGUUGAAUGGGGAAAAACUCGGGUAUAACAAUAGUGAAAGAUUUGCAGGUACCUCACUUGAACCUGCUUCGGUACCUUUAGCCAUGAGGAAACCCAGAAACCCAAACAUUGAGAUUCAUUCUAAGCAAGCUCUAAUUGAUUACCAAAUACGGGCUAUUCAGUUGUAUAAGCUUAGGCAAGAGCAGAUUAUGAAGCAAAAGCAGGAGUCUCUGUAUUGGGGAAAACAAGCGAGUGGGUAUAGUCACCUUGAGCAUGAAAAACAAGAAGCCAGACCAUUUCAUCAAAGCAAAGGGAGAACUUGUGGUGGCUUUGGAAAUAGACAAAAAGUUUCAUGGGCUAAUCUGCAACACCAUAGAACCGGUUCAGAAAUGACAGCAGUUUUCCUUGGUGACUCCGGUUCAAGAAGUGGUUCUUGUGGGACUGGGGUGUUCUUGCCUAGAGGAAUCGGAAAUACUUGCGAGUCACGCAAGAAACGAGGGUGUCCCACUGUUCUUAUACCAGCAAGAGUGGUUCAAGCCCUAAAGCUUCACUCUGACAAAAUGGGCACUGAUUCAACAUCCAAUACGCCUACUUUCCCUCUUCAACAUGAUGCUUUAAUGGGUGAUGUGAGGAAUGGCCUGCGCAUCCAGAAAAAGAGCCAGUACCGGGCGGUGCCGGCAAAGAAGCAAGAGAUGUGUCUGCCUCAGGAAUGGACAUAUUGAUAAGAAGCAAGGCACAUGUCUCUCAUUAAUUGUGUUUUGGAUGUUUUCGCUAAAGAAAAGAGGAAAAAGGGUUGCACACAGAAUAAAGAAGCAAGAAAGGACAGACAUUGGUCAAGAAAUAGAGAAACUACAUAGAGCAGGACAAAAUUAAGGCUCAGUAGAUGAAUAGAACCAUCUGUUUUUGUAUAUUAUAUAUUUCUUAAUAGAAGGGUAGAUUUAGAUGGAGGAAGAAAAUAAUGUUGUCUCAAAAGAGACACUAGUGGCAGCUCUGUUCCUUCUUUUGGCCUCUGCUGGCUGGAUAUAUAUAUAUAUAUAUAUAAUGAAAUGCUUGUGCUUAUAUCCAUUUCCUAUUAA